GCGAGGGCAGGUCCGAGGAGCUUCCAGGCGACGAGGGGACGGGGCGGAGAGGCAGAAGGUGGCGGCCGGUGGGUGUGGCGCCGCGGGCAAGGCCGGCCACCCCUCGUUCCGUCCACGCUGUGCCUGGCUCCUCGGCGCCCAGGUGCUCCGGGACCGGCGGAGUACCGUAGCGGGCCGAAAGAAGAAAUGAUGUAAACCAUUCACUAUCCAGACUUUAAGGUCAAGGUGAGAAGGAAGGUCAGGAGGAACAUGGCCUGGCCAAAUAUUUUUCAAAGAGGAGCUCUGCUCUCCCAGUUCAGCCAUCAUCAUGUGGUGGUGUUCCUGCUCACCUUCUUCAGUUACUCGUUGCUCCACGCGUCAAGAAAAACAUUUAGCAAUGUCAAAGUCAGUAUCUCUAAGCAGUGGACCCCAAGUGCUUUUAACAAGUCAGUUGAACUGCCGGUAGAGAUCUGGAGCAGCAACCAUUUGUUUCCCAGUGCAGAGGAAGCCACUCUUUUCCUCGGAACACUUGACACCAUCUUCCUCUUCUCCUAUGCUGUGGGCCUUUUCAUCAGUGGUAUCGUUGGGGAUCGGCUUAAUUUGCGAUGGGUUCUGUCUUUUGGCAUGUGCUCCUCUGCAUUAGUGGUGUUUGUCUUUGGCACUCUCACAGAAUGGCUGCAUUUCUACAACAAGGGGCUAUACUGUAGCCUGUGGAUCGUGAAUGGCCUGCUGCAGUCCACUGGUUGGCCCUGCGUCGUUGCUGUUAUGGGCAACUGGUUUGGGAAAGCUGGACGAGGAGUUGUUUUUGGUCUCUGGAGUGCCUGUGCUUCAGUGGGCAAUAUUUUGGGAGCAUGUCUAGCUUCUUCCGUUCUGCAGUAUGGUUAUGAGUAUGCCUUUCUGGUGACGGCGGCUGUGCAGUUUGCUGGUGGGAUCAUCAUCUUCUUUGGACUCUUGGUAUCACCCGAAGAAAUUGGUCUCCCAGGUAUUGAGGCCGAAGAAAAUUUUGAAGACGACUCACACAGGCCAUUGAUUAGUGGUGCUGAAAAUGAAGAUGAAGCUGAGCCUAAUUAUUCAAUCCAAGAAGACAAGACUAUUACCCAAGUCAAGGCGAUAAGCUUUUACCAGGCUUGUUGCCUUCCCGGAGUUAUAGCGUAUUCACUGGCCUACGCCUGCUUGAAGUUAGUGAAUUACUCCUUCUUCUUCUGGUUGCCCUUUUAUCUGAGUAAUAACUUCGGAUGGAAGGAGGCUGAAGCCGACAAGCUGUCCAUUUGGUACGAUGUUGGAGGAAUUAUAGGUGGAACUCUGCAAGGCUUCAUCUCUGAUGUGCUACAGAAGAGAGCCCCGGUGUUAGCUCUCAGUCUGCUUCUGGCCGUCGGCUCCCUCGUUGGAUAUAGUCGUUCUCCAAAUGAUAAGUCCAUCAAUGCGCUUCUGAUGGCUGUCACAGGAUUUUUUAUUGGUGGACCUUCUAAUAUGAUUAGCUCUGCUAUUUCUGCGGACCUGGGUCGUCAGGAGCUGAUCCAAGGCAGCACUGAGGCUUUGGCGACCGUCACAGGAAUAGUUGAUGGAACCGGGAGCAUUGGAGCUGCGGUAGGCCAGAUUCUUCCUGUCUGAAAAGAAGCUAACACCUCAUAAGACAGAUUCUCCAGUCCCAGCCCGCCACCCCUUUCUUCCAGCCUGAACUUGGCACUCCAAGGAGGCCAUGAGACACAUGCUUCUCAUUACCCCACACCUGACAUGCAGGCCCUACCUCUGUCCCCCUACCAGACACACACACGUACACACAUUCUUCCCAUGGAUCCCUGCCAGAAAUUGCCAUGGACUCUGCAGCUGCCCUGAGUCGCUUACUCUGCUUCCUACAACUGUGUCUCAAAAGGCGGUUCAUAAAUGUCUUAUGCCAGAAUCAUCUGGGGGUUCAUUAAAGUACUGAACACUAAGCUUACUGUAGACUUGCUGAGUGAGAGCCUGGGGAUCUGUAUUUCAGCAAGCCUUCCUGGCGAUUCUUACGCACUCUGAAGUUUGAGAUCUUCUGGGCUAAGAUUGGCCUACUCUAGGUAAUCAGAACUAUUCAAAUCGAUCCUUUUUGCUUACAUUCAGCUUCAGAAAGGCAUCCCUUCUCUGGGACAGUCAUGAGUCAUGCCUCGCCUAGGGUAUACUACUCUAGGUCAUUGCAGAAUGUGGAUUUUGCAAAAUGUGGAUUUGAGAAUCAACUGCAUGGAUAAAAUGGUUGAAACCGUGGAAGUGAUGUGAUGUUUAAUGGGGAAAGAAAAUAUAGGCAAACCCUCAGAGGAUGCCCAAUGGUCACAGAAACAGGAAGCCAGAAUUUGAGGAGGUGUGUUACUCAGAUCAUAGAGGUAGAGAGGUCAGGAGAAAGAGAAUGGAAGGAAAAAGGCUUGUAGUUUUGACAUUGAGGUCAUUAAAUGGCCUUGAAGAUUGCUGCUUAAUGGGAGUGGAUCAGUGGUAUCCGAUUGCUAGUGGUUAAUGCAAGAGCAAAUACUGAGGGAGAUAAACCAUCUUAGUGCUGGUCUCCACCCAGCCAUAUAUUACACAUUUAUUUGUUAAUGUCUGUGUCUCCCACUGUAAGGUGAGCUUCACGAGGGCAGCAUUUUAUUUGUUUUGUGUUCUACUGUAGCCCUGGUACCAGGAACGGUACCAGGAAUGGUGCCUGGCACACAGUAGACAUUCAGAUAUUUGUGGAAUGAUUGUAGAAUGAGUGAUUUAUAGGAUCAGUGUGUUAGCAUAUUUGAUUCUGAGACUAAAGGAAAAACAAACUUAGCAAAGGUAGGAGAAAUUUGUCCUGGAGUAGGAACUAAAAAAAAUGCUAUUGGCCACCUGUUCAGAUGUCUUCAUAUAAGGGGUAUUGGGCAUCCUUUUCUGAAAUUACUGUAUUUUAAGUUUUCCUUCCCAACUAAUGUUUUCUUCAUUAAUCAAAUGGGUAGAUUGUAAUUAGCAUUUCAAGGAGUUUCUUUUUAUUUAGAAUGCCUGCCAGUGUUACGAUCCCUAUCUGUGAACAUGGGUCAGCAUUAGGUUGACUUUCAUGGUUUGGGAAGCAGGACCAGGACCAAAGCAUAGCUAGCUUUACUCAUUCCCCCGCCAUGUUGAUUUUUGAAUGAUUUUCUAUUGCUUGAGGUAUGAAAUCCCAAACUCCAUGACUUAAUAGGGACUUAAUAAAGCCCUUAGAAGGAAACAUAGGGACGACGCCUCAUGACAGAUAUACACCAGUGGUCAGUAAGCACCUGAAAAGAUUCUCAGCAUCCUUAGGGAGAUGCAAAGCAAAAACAUGAGCUACCACUUGACACCUAAUGGCUGUAGUUAAAACAAAACAGAGUAACAGGUGUUGGUGAGGAUGUGGAGAAAUUCACAUACAGUGCUGGUGGGAAUGUAAAAUCGUGCAGCUACUGUAGAAAACACUAUGGUGGUUCCUCAAAAAGUUAAACAUAGAAUUACCAUAUGACCCAGCAAUUCCACUCCUAGGUAUGUUGUACCCCAAAGAAUUGAAAACGGAUUCAGAUAUUUGUUUACCGAUGUUCACCACAGCGUUAUUCAUAGUAGCCAAAAGGUGGAAACAACUCAAGUGUCCGUUGAUAGAUGAAUGGAUAAACAAAAUGUGGUAUAUCUAUGCAAU